AUUAUAUGGGUGCCGUAAUAAACGAUUUGAACAGGCGGGCGUACGGAGUCCUUUAGGUGUUUAUGCCCGUAGUUCGUAAUCAAAAUGGCACAAAAAGCUAUCCAAAUGGUUCAAUCAGCUUCUCCUGAAAUUUUAAUAAGAGUUGGAAAAAGGGGUGUCAAUGCCGUUACAAAGUUUGGUAGAGUUAUGCAACCGAGACUAAGUAACUUUGCAAAGAACGCGAGUGUUGAGUGUGCACCCCCUACGCCUUCAGAGUUUUUUCAACAAUUAACAGUUCUUCGAAACGAUUUAAUAAGUGGGAAGAGCUUUCAACGACUUAAAGAUAUGUCUGUAAAUGAAGCUACAGCAAAAGGCCUUGUUCUAUUGGAAUGUGCUUUUUGGGGUGUUAUUGGUGAAAUGAUAGGCCGUAGAUCUAUUGUUGGAUACAAUCCCACUCUAUGAUAUCAAAUUAGUUAAAUACCUAAUAAUGUAGCAAUUGUAUCUAUUUUGCAAUUUAUAUCA